ACCAUUGUUACGAUUAUGAAGUUGACCAUCAAAACUGAAAGUGGCUCAUCGUUCUCCAUUUUUGUUGGUUUCUUGGAUACAGUGUUAAUGGUGAAGCAGAGGAUCGAGAAGUCUCAAGGUAUCCCUGUUCGCAAACAAACCCUUUUCUUCCAAGGCAAGUAUCUUCAUGACCACUUUGAGAUACGAUUAUUCCAUAUCGGAGACAACUCUCUUCUCUUUCUCUACGUCUCUCCUGACGAGAAGAAGCCUAAUCAGAAGAACAACGAUCAAACCAAGCAAUCUCCAUCAAAGCCAGUUGAUGGGUUCGUUAACAAACCAUUCCAAAAGAUUACGGCGACGAGAAUCGACAACGGAUCAUCACGACCGUCUUAUUCACUUGAUGAGUUACUUGCCCCUCAAGAUUUGCCCCCUGUGACGGUUGGAACUGGAAGCAGCACAGGAAUCAGAAAUCAAGAAACCAAGAAAUGUUCAUCGUCAGACUCAGUCAAAGAGGCCGUCAUCAACAUUACUCCAGAUUGGCCUUUGAGGAAGAAGAGAAAGAUCAUCCCGUCGAUAAAGAUGACAGUAUUUGUGAAGACAGUCGACGAGACCAGGAUGAUUCCGGUGGAGGUUAACGCAAACGAUAAAGUUGAAGAACUGAGGAAAGAGCUGGUUAAGUUACAAGAGAAGGGUGAGUUAAAUCUGCCUCAGGAAGGGUAUUACUUUAUACUCAGAGGGCGAACAUUGAUUGAAAUUGAGUCAUUCAUGUGGAACCUUGUUGCUGACGGCGAUACAAUUCAGCUUAAACUCUUUGUAGCCUCCUCUUACUAUCUCAGUAAUUGA